CGAGGCUACAGCUCGCAGCGCAGCGCCCCCCCACCGCUGGCCGCCAGGGGGCGCCCACACUCUCUCCGCACCCUCCCGCGCCGCCCCAUAAGGCCCCGCGCGACGCCGUGGCGCUCUCUUCCCCGCCUCCAUCAUGGCGCAAGACCAGGGUGAAAAAGAGAACCCCAUGCGAGAGCUCCGCAUCCGCAAGCUCUGUCUUAACAUCUGUGUUGGAGAGAGUGGGGACAGGCUCACCCGAGCGGCCAAGGUCCUGGAGCAGCUCACAGGGCAGACCCCUGUCUUCUCCAAAGCUCGGUACACAGUAAGAUCCUUUGGAAUCAGGAGAAAUGAGAAGAUUGCUGUUCAUUGCACGGUUCGUGGGGCCAAAGCAGAGGAGAUUCUGGAGAAGGGGUUGAAGGUGCGAGAAUAUGAGUUGAGAAAAAACAACUUCUCCGACACUGGGAACUUUGGCUUUGGAAUCCAGGAGCACAUUGAUUUAGGGAUCAAGUACGAUCCCAGUAUUGGUAUCUAUGGCUUGGACUUCUACGUGGUGUUGGGCAGGCCUGGUUUCAGCAUUGCUGACAAGAAGCGCAGGACUGGCAACAUUGGAGCCAAGCACAGAAUUGGAAAGGAAGAAGCCAUGCGCUGGUUUCAGCAAAAGUAUGAUGGCAUCAUCCUUCCUGGCAAAUAAGCAGUUCCUGUUACCAAAAAUCAAAUAAAACUUUUUUUAACCCCA